AGUUGUCCUCAAUGCAGGCCCAUGUUUGUGCACAUUACUAUCCAGCAGGCAAGGGAUAAGAGACGUCAGACUCCACGGAACAGCAUAGUCUUGACAUUCAAUAAGGCCUUCAUAGAUUUUAGUGCAGAUCUGCGAAAAAAGAAAUGAAUAUGAAGCAUCUCAUAAUAACCAUUUGGGGCAAUCCGAAGUUCCAUUUGGCAACAUUUAUGAAGAAAGCAGAACUGUAGAAACUGAGUGAGUAUAGAUAGAUAUUAUGCAAUGUAUAGCCCAAAGAGAGCAAACUCAAAGCUGCCACCGAAGUCCUCUUUAUCUAGGUCCACUUCCAAUGGACUCCAAGUGGGUUCUUCUUUAAUGCAAGUUGAAGAUGGUAGCAGUUUCAGACAUUCUGUUUGCAGUAACAGUAUUAGUAGUGACAUGAAUAUUGACAGUUCAACACAAGUCUCCAGCGGACUUAUGAGAUACAGGUCUGCACCCAGUUCGUUUCUUGCUAGUUUGGUUGAAGAAGCAGAUGACUACUUGCCUCGGGUUGCAGGGUCACAUGAGCCCGAUCACACUUAUAUAGCUCGUUAUUUCAGUGCUGAUUCAUCUUCCUUGACAUCAGAGUCCAGUUCUGGAGUAAUUCAAUCCAAUGGGGCUGAUAGAUCUGCUGCAGGAAAGAAGGAAGGCGGAGGGAAUCAGUUUAGCAGUAUGAAUGGGGCUAGUCCAGGUGCUAGUGCUACUAGGCUUAAGGGCAGGAACGAGGAUAUGGGUAAGCAUCAUCUUGCUUCAAUACUUGAGAAUGGGCCUGAGGUGGCUUCCACCAAUGGUUUUUGCAGUGUUUAUCAGGCACAGGAUCUUCGAUCUGGGAUGGAGCAUAACUACAGGACAAACCCACUUUUCUGUAACCCUCAUGAUACCAUGAUCACUUCUGCUUCUGGAGCCAAGGGUAAUCUUACCAGACACAGUAGCUCCCCUGCUGGGUUCCUUUCUCGGCUGGCUACUGUUGAAGGACAAGGAGUUUAUGAAAAUGGUUUCCUAGGGGCGGUAAGGAAUAUGACCAACCUUUCUGCUGAAAACAGGUCAUGUGGUGAUUUGGUAGCUCCACGUAGGUUGGCAAGUCAGAUGAGUUUUAUGAAGCAAGGUAGUUCUACAACAGGGCUUUCAUCUCAGCUGAGUGAUUUGAGCAUGCCAGAAGUUGUGGACAAGCUUAACAUGCCAGUGGGAUCUUCGGCUGAGAGCUUGGGUGGGAGUAGCUCGGAUGAUGGUAGUUUAGGCAAUGGGAAUGGAGUCCAACGUUAUAUCCCAGGUUUUUCAGUUGGGUCUUGGGAUGAUGCAGCAAUUGUUUCUGAGAGCUUUGCUAGCAUGCAAAAUGGGUCAACCUUUUCUCCAAGAAAGCGUCCAAGAGAUCUUGAGGGGAAAAUUUUAUCACCUAUUCCUUUGAGUGUGAGAGAUUCUCUGAAGGUAGAGGCCGGUACUCAUCUUACUUCGGCAUUAACUCAUCAAUUCAGCUUACCAAAAUCAUCAUCAGAAAUGGUAAUGGAAAAGCUACUUCAGGAUUCAAUUCCUUGCAAAAUUCGAGCAAAGCGAGGCUGUGCAACACAUCCACGAAGCAUCGCAGAGAGGGUUCGAAGGACACGGAUCAGUGAAAGAAUGAGAAAAUUGCAGGAACUCGUGCCAAACAUGGACAAGCAAACAAACACUGCAGACAUGCUAGAUGAGGCAGUUGUAUAUAUCAAGCUCCUUCAGAGACAAGUUCAGGAACUUUCUGAAAAUCAGGCCAAUUGCACCUGUUCUAGCACACAUGAUACAGAAAAUAAUGAGAUAAACUAGCAAGCUGAGGGAGGAUAUUGAAGCUCUGCAUUGGACGGAUUUGAGUUAGCAACUGGCAAAUGCCAAUCUGAAGAUGGACACAAUCUCUUAUACCAUCAUAAAAACAGAGUCCGUCCAGGUCUUAUCUGUGUUUCAACUUUCAAGUUGUGGUCAGACAGCUAAAAUGAAAAUUGCGAGCCUAUGUUAAAUCCACCUUGAUAUUUUUGUGAUUAUCCAGAAAGAAGAUGGUCUGUCAUAUUCCCCUUUUCCAACCUUUUUUGCUGACCAACCAAUGAUUAGUGAAUACCACUCAAGUCCAAUCGGUGUUUCUCAAACACAAAGGACUCACUGUUUUGGGUCAUGUUUUCUCCCUUAUUGUGUAAGAUAAUUAAUGAUGUAAUAGUAAUACAGAUAAAUUGCGGAUA